ACAGAAUCCAACUCCAUUGAGAAGAAAGCCAUUGACAAACAUACACGCUAAGCUUCUUGUUUCUUUGAAGUUCUUCCAGGAAUAUACAUAUAAACAAAGAUUUCGAAGGCAGCUGAGAGUGAGAUUCUGCAGGUGAGCGAUGGUAUUUUCCUGCACCGACGACGUGGCCACAGGUUUAAAAGAUGCUUUAACUCAUUGUUACGAAUGCAAAGGGAGAAAGGUUAGCCUUUCAGAUCACGAAGACAAUGACGAGAAGCUUAUUAGGGAUUUCAACUACGACCAUGAAAUUGUUGUGUUCCAGAUCAGAAGUCAAGCUAUGGAGAAACUAAGGCAGAAGCCAAGGAUAUGCAUGGAGAGACUAACUUACCAUUCUAAAGAGGAACCCAACAUCGAAAAGGAAGAGGGUAUAGAGUUUUGUUCCGUGGGAAGCAGCUUCUCUGAAUGUUGUACAAGUGAUCUGAGUGUAGAAGCAUAUAUGACAGCAAAAAUUGAGUUCUCCAGGUGUUCGAGCUUGAAAGGUGAAGAGUUGGAGAAUCAAUGGAAGAUGUAUUAUUUGAAUGGAAUAAGGAAAGGAUCAGUGAUUCAAGAGUUGUGUCAUUGCCAAGGAUGGCCAUUUGGUUUAGGGAGGAAAGCCGCGUUGCUUCCACCACUACCUAAGUCACCUGCAGAGUCUUGGUCAUGGAGGAAACCAAAUAGAGUUGCUCCAAUUCCUUUUAUUUGACAAAAUAAACUCUAAAAGGUUAAGGAAACAUAACACAAAGACCUGUUAAAAAUUGUCG